AUGGCUAAUGAUGGAGUAACCAUUAAUCUCUCAGAAAAGCCUGAGGGAAACCCUUAUACUAAAGAAUAUAAAGGAGCUUCUACCGGAAGUGAUCAGAUUAUCAUUAAAGUUACAGAAACCACUUACCCUCCCAACUCUGACUUCCUCAAGUUUACUCAUAAGGAUUCUGGCGGAGGAACACAAUUCACACUUGCAGAGAUCAAAGAUGAUAACGGUGAAAAAGUUGAUGUUUCUGAACUCCCAAAGGAUGUUAAAAAUCUCUCUGCUUAUUACUGGAAGUAUGAGAAUGACGAUGGUCCUGGCUGGAAUCCUACUAAGGCUCUCAUAGUUGAGGUAGUACAAGAUGGUGAUAAGUACUCUUAUUAUACCAGAGGUAUUGGUAGUUCUGUAUGGUUUCUAAUCAAUCCUUUUCAAUCUACUCAACUCACCGGUAAGCUUCUUGAGGAGAAACUCGAUGAAUUUACCUGUGAACAUCAUAAUGCAGUCACUAUUGAUCUUACCAGGAAUAAAUCUUCGCAGAGAAACAAGUACUGUUGUAGUUACCAUAGCAUUACUGAUGGCGGAAGGGUCACUGUUGAGAGUGUGCCAAUUCGUUGUGAGAAACAUCAUGGCUCUAUUCCAUUAUUCAAAUACACUGUUAAUACUUCUGGUCGUGGAGUGAGGGUCGCAGCUAUCAAUUAUUAUGAUUCUAAUAAUACUAAUAGUCCCAGGAAACGUAUAAAGCCUUCUGAGUUAACGUUUCCCAUUCCUGACGUAAGAAGUAUCUCUGCAUUCUACUCCGAUAAUAGUAGGAACCCUGUUCUAAUAUAUGUUGACUCAUCUGGGACAAGGCCUAGUGUUAAAGGUUGGUACAAGCAAAAUACUGGUGGUAAUACAUGGGAAAAUGCUCCUGCUAAUCUCAACAACAUAACACCAGGAGAUUUAGAGAAUAAGGGGCUUGACUGUAAGGAUAAUGAGGGCUUUAAAAAACUUGCGGAAGAACUAGAUAAACUUGGAUGUUAUGGCUUGGAAAAAUGUACCAAAGAGAUUGUUGAACAACAAGAAGCGCAAGCAGAACAACUACGUGCUGAGAAAGGUGCUCUUGGAGAACUGGAAUCUCCUGUAGAGCUAGGACCAGAACAGGAAGCUGAGGAAAAAGAUAACCAAGAAGGUUUUGUUGCUCCCCUUAAAGCUGCUAGUGGAGAAACUGCUGAUGCUUCUGCUUUUGAACCUCUUAAAGAUCAAAUUAAAGAAGCCUCAGGUCUUACUGAUUGGGGUAUAGAGAACAUUCUUGGAGCCUUUGCUGGUGUUUUUACAGCUUCCUGUAUAACUACUUUUGUAUCAUGGAAGCUUUAUAAGUUCUAUAUACAUCACUCUGACCCCUGGGUUCGGCAGAUCUGA